GAAACGUCAGUAGUACGUAAUUAAUAUUCAUGAGGUACGUCUGAAUGCAAAGUGUAAACUGUUAGCAUAUCGCGUGCGCACGUGGGAAGCAACUGUUUGGUGAAAUGCAUUAUUAAAUAUGCGCUUCAUGGAACAUGGCAAAAUAAGAGUAGAAAACUGUGAUGGAUGGCGCAAAUCGUGCAGAUAUUCCGAACUGGAUCCAGCAGCACCGCGUGUACCAAGACAUAAUGCGUCUGGACGUAGGUGACAGUGCUCAAGGAUACGCUGCUUUCCUAGUGUACAUGGAUCUUACAGAAGUUCGUGGCUGGUCAGAGGUGCUGCCCGUUUCCUGUCCAGAGUUGCAGGCGGUUCUGCUUGAAGGGCGAGAGAAAGAUGGAGACACGGUUCAGAUAAUCUACCCACUACGUUCACACAGAACCAUCAAACACCGAGAGUUACGGUGUAUUUUGGACAGAGGUGGCCCAGUGCUCUUAUGUGCCGUAGCGUCCGACUCCAGUCUGGUGUACCAGAAGCUGUGUGAUGGCUUUCUGACCCCUGAUCCUCCAGUUGACAUCAAAGAUCAAGGCCGCCGACAGCAUCGUAAACGGAAGUUACAAACGUAAGACGGAUACCCACAGACAGAAUGAGGAUCUCUUAAUUUUGGAUUAAUAUUUAUGACUAAUGCAUUUAUACACGGGUAUUAUCUUUGAGUGCAGGAUUGAAUUUGUAUGAUUUUCUUUUAAAUCAUUUACUGUACCUCAAUAGAGAUGUAGUGUAUUUGGCAAAGACGACACAAUUAAAAUGCUCCUCUUUACUUAGACUUGAAAUGUCAGUUAUGUAAAAUAACACCGCAUAAUUCCCAAAAACCUAAACAGUGCAGGGUAAACUGACCAUAAAUGAAACAAAAUGGAACGUCUAACUUAACAUUAAUGGAACAGAGCUAAAA